GUUUGAAAGAAUCUGCUCUUGUAGAUUUUGACAUGAUCAUUCGAGAUCAACUCAUUUUGCCUACUGAAACACAAGCCGUUUGCUACCUCCAGCCUCACAAAGGUAAACGACAUGCCAUGUACACUGCCUUCCGCGUUCUUAUGGCCGCUGGCUGUGAAGCUAUCAUGUCUACUGACUCAGAUACUCGGUUUGAUCCUAACGCAAUGAUUGAAAUGGAGAAAGCCUUGCAUUGGUUUCCGAAUAUCGGUGCAGCUGCUGGUGAUGUCAGAAUAUGGAAUAGUAAAGAUAAUCUGCUCUCUUACAUGUCUUCUCUUCGAUACUGGAUGGCAUUUAAUAUUGAAAGAGCAGCUCAAAGCUUCAACCGAUGUGUUACCUGUGUCUCUGGCCCUAUGGGUGUCUAUCGAACACACGUAUUACGUGAGAUUUUGGAAGAGUGGAUUUCUCAGUCCUUUUUGGGCAUGGAGUGCACCUAUGGUGAUGACAGACACCUUACAAACCAAACGCUGUUAAAAGGUCACAAGGUGGUCUAUACACACUUGGCAUUUUGUGAAACUGAAACCCCAACUUCAUUUCUUCGCUGGUUCAAACAACAGACGCGAUGGUCCAAGAGCUUUUACCGAGAACUCUUUUGGAAUGCAAGAAGCAUUCAUAAGCACAGUCCAUGGAUGGCCGCUGAACUCUUUUAUCAAGGUAUCUAUCCCUUCGUGCUCCUGUUUUCCAUUUUCCAAAUCUUGUUUUCCAAAACACCCUUGGUUCUCGUCGUUUGGCUAAUUUCUCUUGCUGCCAUUGCCUGUAUCAAGACGGUAUACUCUACCAUUGUUGCACUUUCACCUCGAUUCAUUGGUUUCCCGAUUUACUCCCUCUAUUACAUGUUUGGUCUUGUUCCUGCCAAGCUUUGGGCAAUUAUCUCUCUCUGGGACGUAGGAUGGGGCACUUCUGCAAGAUCUGCUGCAGAAAUGAAGAAAGAGAAUGUGUUUUUCAGUCAAUUGAAAGAGGCAUUGCCUAUUAUCUUUUGGCUGCUUCUGAUCCUCGCCGGUAUCAUCUUUAAUAUCGCCAUGUUCUUAUUGGAUCCUAAUAGACCGAGUGGCUCAGAUUUCUUUGGCCUCAAUGAUGCAUCUUCUAUGGACCCCACAUCUAUCAUAUUUUAUCCUUCCUAUCAAUAUUAA